CCCCCAGACGUCCGACCCCGCCAAAAAGUUGGACGUCAGGCAGAGAGCAAGGCGACCACCCCGCGUUUGCAUUUCGACCAAACACCAACACCGCGCAAACCCGCACCCAGAUACCCACCCGCAAACAUGGACGAUUCCGAACUCGAACAGAUCCGCAAGGCCCGCCUCGAGCAGCUCAAGGCGCAGGGCGGGGCAGGAGGCGGCUCCUCCGGCGGCGGCUCAAACAAGCAACAGCAGCACGAACAAAGACAACAGCAAGAGCAGGAAGCCCGACAGCAGAUCCUCAACCAGAUCCUGCACCCCGAGGCGGCGGACCGCCUGGGCCGCAUCAGGCUCGUCAAGGAGCAGCGCGCUCAGGAGGUUGAGAACAGGCUGAUUAUGCUCGCGCAGAGCGGCCAGCUGCGCAGCAAGGUCACAGAGGCCCAGCUCAAGGAUCUCCUCUCCGCCGUCGCCGACAACAAGGAGGAGGAGAAGAUUGUCGUCAGCAGGCGGAAGGGCUGGGAUGAUGACGAUGACGACUUGCUGGACUUGUAGGGGGCUGAUGUUCGUCGUCGGGGCGAGGCAAUAUUGGGCGGUAUGAUGGAAAGGGUAUCAUCAAGCAUGCGUCUUCACACCCAAUGUGGGUGAGCUCCUUGCGGACCGAUACGACCGAGAACGGCCGCGAACAAGACCAUGUUCACGGGAGUAGAUGGUGUGCCGGCGUUGGAGGGCGUUCUGAGCAUGCUGCGAAACAGCAGGUUGGUUUCCGUCCGAGUGGGAUUUCCAUAGGACACUACAAAAAAAAGAUACUAUAUCUAACAUACACUACAUGUAC